UCCAGCUCUUCUAUCAUAAUCUUUACAUCAUCUCCGUUAAAGGUAUCAAGGGUCGUCUUAACCGUUUGCCGUCUGCAUGUGUUGGUGACAUGGUUAUGGCUACUGUCAAGAAGGGUAAACCUGAUCUCCGUAAGAAGGUUCUGCCAGCUGUCAUUGUUAGGCAGAGGAAGCCUUGGCGCCGAAAGGACGGUGUCUUCAUGUACUUCGAGGAUAAUGCUGGUGUCAUUGUCAAUCCCAAGGGUGAAAUGAAAGGAUCUGCUAUCACUGGACCAAUCGGGAAGGAGUGUGCUGACCUGUGGCCAAGGAUCGCAAGUGCUGCAAAUGCUAUCGUUUAAGAUCUCUCAGUUUGUGUUUGUUGAACGUUUAUCUCCUCUGUUGAGGAUACUUUGUUACUUAUAGUUCCGGUUUGUUACUU